CACACACACACACACACACACACACACACACACACACACACACACACACACACACACACACAUAUACGCACGCGCACAUAAGCACACACACACACACACAUACAUACACACGCACACACACACAGUAGAGGAGUCACACGUGUACACGAUGAACUCUAUAACAGUCUCUAUAUCUGAGGAAGGAUUAAUUGGUGUGUCCCCAUUUCUGACUCUCAGCCUCCAAAAGACAAAUAGCACAGGGGUGCAGACAGGGGAGGUGAGGGUUGACAGAGUGUGCCUGCGGGGUGAUGUUUGCCCUGUGAGCAGCAGUGAAGCAGAAAGCCAGUAUUGGGUUAGUUCCUGCCUUGCCGAGUUCCAUUAGCUCCCAUAGAGUGAGAUGACCCCUGUGGGGUGUACUGUUACUGCGCUGAGCUGGAAGGCUGCAAGGCUGGGAUGCUGGGACAGGGCGUAUCCCACUGACACCUGUUUGUACAGGACGACAUCCUACACUGGCUGGCAUAUAUGGGUGUCAAAAGGAUUCAAUGAAAUCCCGUCUAUUAAGGAUAGUAUAGAAUAACUUUAACCCCACUGGGACUGUAUGUACCUGGAGCCUCCUGACACAGCCCAGCCACACCUGUCUGACUCAUCUGCACUUCUGAGGAAGUACCAGGAAGUUCAAAGGUCAACUUUUUUUCAAAAGGAUAGAAAGGUGUCAUCGAAAAAUACUGAACGUUUCAACCCUACGGCUUCUGAAACUACUGAUGCUGCUGUUUUGGGGAGCAAUUUGGUCGCUCUACUUUGAGGAUUCCCCCACGAAGGGAUUGUAUUUUACCUGAAUGUGGAGGCACCCAACGACUCACCUGAAACCUAAUCUCGUCUGCUGUGUGGAGAACAUAAAAACACAAAGAGGAAAUGAAAAGCAGGAAAAUAAUCUAGAGGAGAAGGAAAGUACAACUGGAGGUCACUUACUCUGACUCGGAGGACGUUUCCCAGAGGCCCCAGUAAAGCACAUCCUGUCCAUUUCACUGUGUAGUGGUCCCCUCUGACAGAGGAUUGCUUUCUACUUGCAGACACUUUCACUGCUCGGUGGCAUAUCCAUACCCUGGGAGAGAUAGAGUACAGACACUAGCCCACAGGAGAAAAUCAACCCUUUCUUACAGCGCACUCGCUCUCCCAGGCCUUUUAUCCCUCUCAGAGAUCCCCUCCCUGGGGUCAUGCCUAUCCUACUCACUGCCGGCGUCUCCUUCAGCUCCAAGCAGGAGCUGCUGGACCUCCAGGACGGCCCUAUGUGCCCCUCCUUAGAGACACCCAGCCCUGUAGACUCUCAGGAGGACAGCCCAGUGGGUUCAGGCCUCGGCAGCACCACUGGAAACAGCCCCGCUCGCCACAUCAACCUCACCCGGGCUGCGACCCCGCUGCCUGGACAGCUUUACACGGGCCAAGCACCCGCGGAGACCCCACUGGGCCUCACAUUCAUCCCCACACACUCAGAAGGCCUGUGUGGCUGGGGGGCUCUGACGCCCCGAGUCAUCCAGACCUUCAACACCCCUCGCUGGGUACUGUUCUUCCUGUGUGUGGCCUCCUUCCUCCAGGGCAUGAUCAUCAACGGCUUCAUCAACACCGUGGUGACCUCCAUAGAGAGACGUUUUGACCUGCGCAGCUACCAGACCGGUCUCAUCGCCAGCUCCUACGACAUCGCUGCCUGUGUGUGCCUGGCCUUCGUCAGUUACUUUGGUGGGAUGGGGCACAAGCCUCGCUGGCUGGGCUGGGGGGUGCUGGUCAUGGCGCUAGGAUCUCUGGUGUUCGCCCUGCCUCACUUCACCCCUCCCCCGUACCAGGUAAGCAUGCCUGAGCAGACAGGGGUGUGUAUGGGGAACCAUACCAGACGUUGCCAUGAUAACGAGGGUGGGGGCCUGUCCAGCUACCGCUUUGUCUUCAUGCUGGGCCAGUUCCUGCAUGGGGUGGGAGCCACACCCCUCUACACUCUGGGCGUCACCUACCUGGACGAGAGCGUCAAGUCCAGCUACGCUCCGGUGUACAUCGGGAUCUUCUAUACUGCCGCCAUCGUGGGCCCAGCUGCAGGGUAUCUUCUAGGAGGAUACUUCCUCAACAUCCACACAGAGAUCCACAUGACGACGGAGCUGACUCCGGAGAACCCUCUGUGGGUGGGGGCCUGGUGGAUUGGCUUCCUGGCAGGAGGCGCUGCAGCGCUGGUCGUCGCCCUGCCCAUCCUGGGUUACCCACGCCAACUACCAGGCUCUCAGAAGUAUGUGGCCAUGCGUGUGUCUGAGACCCACCAGCUAAAAGAUGGCAGUCAGGCCAGUGCAUCAGACCCUCAGUUUGGGAAGUCAGUGAAAGACAUGCCCAGGUCAGUGUUGCUCCUGCUGAAGAACCCUCCCUUCCUCUUCCUGUGUCUGGCGGGGGCCACAGAGGCCACCCUCAUCGCUGGCAUGUCCACCUUCGGCCCCAAGUUCCUAGAGUCUCAGUUCAGUCUGAGUGCAUCUGAGGCAGCCACCUGGUUUGGCUACAUGGUGGUACCCGCGGGUGGAGGGGGCACUUUCCUGGGUGGCUACAUCGUGAAGAAGCUGAACCUCCGUUGCCGUGACAUCAUUAGGUUCUGCAUGGUGUGUGCCGUCAUCAGUCUUCUUGCCAUCUUCAUCUUCCUCAUCCACUGUCCCAACAUCCCAAUGGCCGGGGUGACUUCCCCCUACCGCAGCAACCUGCCACUGGGUCAUCAGUACAAUGAACAGUACUAUGAGCCAGCCCACAACCUCCACAACAGUUCUUGGUUGGGGGACAACCUGAUGGUGGGCUGUAAUGCAGACUGUCACUGUUUACGAGAGCUCUAUAACCCAGUCUGUGGAUCCGAUGGUGUGAUGUAUUACUCCCCUUGCCAUGCAGGCUGCAGCACAGUCAACCACACGGAGGUCUCCACGGGUAGACAGGUGUACUCGGGCUGCAGCUGUGUGGUGGGGGGGAACGUCACGUCGGGGCAGGAGGGUCUGGCUCUGGAUGGGAAGUGCACCAGCUCCUGUAGUCACAUGCCAGCCUUCCUCACCUUCCUCUUCAUCAUCAUCUUCUUCACCUUUCUGUGUAGUAUCCCUGCCCUCACUGCUACCCUCAGGUGUGUCCCAGACAGCCAGAGGUCCUUUGGACUGGGAAUCCAGUGGAUCGUGGUGAGAAGUCUAGGUGGGAUCCCAGGCCCGAUAGCGUUUGGCUCUGUUAUCGACAUCUCAUGCCUGCUGUGGCAGGAACAGUGUGGAGAGCAGGGCUCCUGCUACCUCUACCAGAACUCUGCCAUGAGCCGCUAUACACUCAUCGCUGGCAUCAUCUACAAGGUUCUCGGCAUGAUGUUCUUCCUGCUGGCCAGUGUUCUGUACAAGCCCCCUCCAGAGUCGCCCCAGAGCAGCUGUGAGAGCACCAACCACGGGGCAGGGGAUAGCGGGGGAGAGACGGGGGACCUCUCCAUCAAGGACCUUCCACCAAAAAUCAUCACCAAAGUACACGCCAGGUUAUGAUGACUUCAGACUCCACCCACAUCUCACCGCGCGUGUGUGUGUGUGUGUCGUGCCACUGCAUCCUCAAUCACCACCAGCCCGCACCCGUCUCAUGGCCACUCCCAUCGCACAGACCCAUCACCCCAGGGCAAGUCAUAUCUGAUCCACCCACUGAGCCCAACUUCAUCCCAUGGGCUUGCCCUCCAUCACCUCCCUGCCAGCCCACUGAACUUGGGGUUUGUGUGAUGUGAUGAAAGACUUAGACCAGGGUCACAGAUAGGGUCAGAGGUUAUUCUGAGAAGUAGGAAAGUCUCCUGAUGGCUUUUGGGAUAUAAACCACUGAAAAGACACACUUUAAGGGAUCUAGUAAAUGUGGAUAAUGGAGACGUUACAGACGAUAGAAAUGUAAAGGUCAUUUUCCAUUGAGACGACAUAUUACAGAGUUUACCGUGAACGCAGUCUCUGCUAACACGGGAACAUUGCCUUUAAAUUUAUAUCACGUUGUAACAAUAAACUUCUACAAAACGGA